AUGAGGAGAGUGUGCCCGCUGUCCCUCUGGCUCUGGAUCCGCCUCGUCUCCCAGGCAGAUUUGGUGAGCAGCUAUUCUAUGAGCCCACCCACUCUUAGCAUCACCGAGGAGGAGCACAUCAUAAACGCCAAGGACACACUGGCUGUUACCUGCAGAGGGCAGCACCCCCUGGAGUGGUCGUGGCCUGGGGGCCAGGUGGAUCCUGUCCAGAGCGAAAAGGAGAGCGAGUCAACCGUGCUGGUGAGCAUCAGCGGCAGCCGGACUGUCCGGCAGGACGAGUGCAAGGGCACUGACACAAAGCCCUACUGCAAGAUCUUGGUGCUGACGGAGACCCAGGCUAAUGACACAGGCUACUACUGCUGCUACUACAAGUACAUCAAAGCCAAAAUUGAGGGCACCACAGCGGUCAGCACCUACGUGUUUGUGAGAGAUUUCGAGCAACCCUUUAUCAACAGACCGGAAACGCUCCUCCUCAACAAGAAAGAGACCACCCGAGUGCCCUGCUUGGUGUCUAUCCCAGACCUCAAUGUCACGCUGCACUUGCCAUCCUCAGACCUCUACCCCGAUGGGAAGAGCAUUCUCUGGGACAACAAGAAGGGGAUGCUGGUCCCCACUCACCAGAUCAGGGACUCCUGGCUCAUUCAGUGUGGAACCACCAUUGACAAGAAGCUCUUCAAGUCCAAUUUCUUCAUUGUCCACAUCACAGGGAAUGAACUGUACGACAUCCAGUUGUUUCCCAAGAAGGCCAUGGAGCUGCUUGUGGGGGAGAAGCUGGUCCUGAACUGCACUGUGUGGGCUGAGUUCAACUCCGGAGUGCACUUCCAGUGGGAUUAUCCUGGGAAACAGCUGCAGCGGGCCGCCACAGAGGUCCCCGAGAGGCGCUCCCAGCAGACGCACACGGAGCUCUCCAGUAUCCUCAUCAUCCAGAACGUGAGCCAGCAGGACCUGGGGAAUUACAAGUGUGUUGCCAGCAAUGGGGAGCAGAUAUUCCAGGAGAGCACAGAUGUCAUCGUGCACGAAAAGCCCUUCAUCAACGUGGAGUGGAGGAAGGGCCCCGUGAUCGAGGCCACGGCAGGAGACGAAGUGGUGAAGCUGCCGGUGAAGGUCGUCGCCUACCCACAGCCAGAGUUCCAGUGGUACAAGGAUGGAAAGUUAAUUCCCAACAGGCAAUCUCAAUAUUCGAUGCAGAUCAAGGACGUGGCGGAGCAGCACUCUGGGAUGUACACCCUGGUCCUGAGGAAUGGGCCGGCUGGGCUGGAGCAGUGCAUCAGCCUCCAGCUCGUCGUCAAUGUUCCUCCGCACAUCCACGAGAAGGAAGCAUCUUCCCCGAGCAUCUAUUCCCGCCGAAGCCAUCAAGCCCUCACCUGCACAGUCUACGGCAUCCCAGCACCCGAAACGAUCCAGUGGCAGUGGAGGCCGUGGAUGCCUUGCCGGAUGUUCUCCCGACGCAGCCUCCACAGUCGGCGACGGGCAGCAAAGCGGCAUCAGCGGGACCGGAUGCCCGAGUGCAAGGACUGGAAGGACGUGUCACUGCAGGACGCCGUGAACCCCAUUGAGAACAUUGAGACCUGGACAGAGUUUGUGGAAGGAAGAAACAAGACCGUCAGCAAACUGGUGAUCCAGGAAGCCAACGUUUCCGUCAUGUACAAGUGUGUUGCUUCCAACAAAGUGGGCCGAGAUGAGCGGUUGAUCUACUUCUAUGUAACCACCAUUCCAGAUGGAUUUAAGAUAGAGACUCAGCCAUCGGAGGAGCCCGUUGAGGGGCAAGACCUCCAGCUGAGCUGCAACGCCGACAACUACACCUACGAGAACCUGCAGUGGUACCGGCUGAACCUCUCCAAGCUACACGAUGAGGAAGGCAACCCGCUGGUGCUCGACUGCAAGAACGUCCACCACUAUGCCACCAAGAUGCAAGGGGAGCUGCACUUCAAACCCGACUCCAACGAUGCCACCCUGCUGCUCUCCAUUCCCAACAUCUCGCUGGGCGAGGAGGGCGACUAUGUUUGCGAGGUCCAGAACCGAAAGACCCGAGAGAAGCACUGCCACAAGAAAUACAUCUCGGUUCAGGCCCUGGAGAUCCCCAGACUGAAGCAGAACCUGACAGACAUCUGGGUGAACGUCAGUGACUCGAUAGAGAUGCGAUGCAAGGUGGACGGCAAUCACAUUCCUGCCAUCAGCUGGUACAAGGAUGAGAAGCUGGUGGAAGAGGUCUCAGGCAUUGACCUGGCAGAUUCCAACCAGAGGCUGAGCAUUCAGAGGGUGCGAGAAGAGGACGCUGGCCUCUACCUGUGCAGUGUCUGCAACGCCAAGGGCUGUGUGAACUCCUCGGCCAGCGUCUCUGUGGAAGGCUCCGAUGACAAGACCAACGUAGAGAUUGUCAUCCUCAUUGGCACGGGGGUCAUUGCCGUCUUCUUCUGGAUCCUCCUCAUUCUCAUCUUCUGUAAUAUCAGAAGGCCCGCCCAUGCUGACAUCAAGACUGGCUACCUGUCCAUCAUCAUGGACCCCGGCGCAGUGCCCCUGGAGGAGCAGUGCGAAUACCUGCCUUACGACUCCAGCAAGUGGGAGUUCCCCCGGGAGCGACUCCGCUUAGGUAAAGUCCUCGGCCAUGGUGCCUUCGGGAAGGUGGUGGAAGCCUCCGCGUUUGGGAUUCAUAAGAGUAACAGCUGUGAGACUGUGGCAGUCAAAAUGCUGAAAGAGGGAGCUACUGCAAGUGAGCACAAGGCACUGAUGUCCGAGCUGAAGAUCCUCAUUCACAUUGGAAACCACCUCAAUGUUGUUAACCUGCUGGGCGCCUGCACUAAACCCAAUGGCCCCCUCAUGGUGAUUGUGGAGUUUUGCAAAUAUGGAAACCUCUCCAACUACCUGCGAACCAAACGAGAAGGAUUCAGUCCUUACAGGGAGAAAUCACCCAGACAGCGCAUCCAGGUCCAGUCCAUUGUCGAAGCCGUGAGAGCAGACAGGAGGAGUCGCUCGGGUACCAGCGACAGUGCAAUCUUCAGCAGGCUUCUGAUGAGCAAGAGCCAGACAGCACAGCCAAUACAGGAAGUGGAUGAUUUGUGGCAAAGUCCUUUAACUAUGGAAGACCUGAUCUGCUACAGCUUCCAGGUGGCACGGGGCAUGGAGUUCCUAGCAUCUAGAAAGUGCAUCCACAGAGAUCUAGCAGCGCGCAACAUCUUGCUGUCAGAGAACAACGUGGUGAAGAUCUGCGACUUCGGUCUAGCCCGGGACAUCUACAAGGACCCCGACUAUGUCAGGAAGGGCAGCGCUCGCCUUCCCUUGAAGUGGAUGGCUCCAGAAAGCAUCUUUGACAAGGUCUACACCACCCAGAGUGACGUCUGGUCCUUUGGAGUCCUGCUCUGGGAGAUCUUUUCUCUAGGUGCCUCCCCUUACCCUGGAGUCCAGAUCAAUGAGGAGUUCUGCCAGAGACUCAAGGAUGGUACCAGGAUGAGAGCUCCUGAAUACGCCACGGCAGAAAUUUACCGCAUCAUGUUGAGCUGCUGGAAUGGGGACCCCAAGGAGAGACCCACAUUCUCAGACCUGGUGGAGAUCUUGGGGGAUCUUCUACAGGAGAACGUCCAGCAGGAAGGGAAGGAUUACAUCCCACUGAAUGACUCGCAGAGCUCGGAGGACGACGGCUUCUCCCAGGUGCCUUCCUCUGCCCAGCAGAACUCUGACGAAGAGGAGUUUGACAUGAGGAUACGCUGCCACAGUUUAGCAGCAAGAUACUACAACUGCGUGUCAUUCCCCGGCUGCCUGACUGGGGGGAAUCAGAUAAGGUGUCCGUCCAGAAUAAAGACAUUUGAGGAGUUCCCCAUGAUGCACACCAUGUAUAAAGCACAUCCGGACAAUCAAACGGACAGUGGGAUGGUUCUGGCCUCUGAGGAAUUUGAGAGGAUAGAAAACCGACACAGAAAAGAAGGUGGAUGCAGCAGUAAAGGGCCCGGUUGGAACAUAGAGCUGGCAGAGGAACAGUCGGACCUGAGGGGCAGGGCUCGGCCAUCAUGUCAGUCCCAGGUCAGAGGCCAGACUUUUUACAACAGUGAAUAUGGGGAGCUGUCAGAACACUCGGAGGAUGGCAGCUGCACCCCCCCCGGGGAGGGGGCCAGCCCCUCCGCCCUCCAGGCAUCCUUCUUCUCAGAGCAGUACUGACGGGCAUGGGCAGCAAAGAUGCCAUGCCGAGACCCACCUUCCACACCCCCUGCUGCAUCGCCACUGCCAUACGGAGCUUCCCCCUCAAGCUUCCCCUUCGAGCUAGAAGGAACCCCAGCAGGAAACCCACGCAGAGAACAGGGAGAGAAGGAGAGACCCCUUUGGACAACGACUGAUGCCGUGACUCAAGUUGCUGCCUUGCGGGGGGGACCCCUGAGCAGUGGGUGCAACGAGAUCUGUCUGGGUCAGACAAGCAGGUGUCCCUCCCAAGCACUGUAGCCCUUCUCUUUGCAUCCCGGCUCCAUGCAGACAGGACUCCACUCCAUAAGCCAUGGUUCAGGUCAGAUAUUAAUAGAACCGUCUCCAUCCUGACAUGCGGCCUGUGGGUAUAUGAAAUUGUUUUCCUUGGACUGUCUUUUCUGCCUCUCCUCCCCACAUCAGCCACUGAGGAAGGGGGCAGGAUCAAAGGGAAGAAACCCCAACCAGCAGCAAAAGCAGGCCAUUUCCCAGAGGCAGCUGGGCAGAUCCCAGCCUCCCAGGGGAUACCUACCCAUGCCAUCCCUUCUCCCCAGGUCCAUCCCAUCCCAGCAUUCCUCUGGGAAUAAUGCCCAGGCCUGCUUUGAGUGUCUUACCAGGUGGGUUAUUUUUGCCAUCUUAAAGCAACGGGCCUGGAGAUAGGCAGCAGCCAGUAGCUGAAGUCCUCCAGAUGAAGUAUUAUUGAAGACCCUGUGAAAAAGCAGAGGUUUAUCCUCUCUGUGCUGGCAGCAGGGAGCUAAGCAGCCUUUCCCCAGGGCUGUGCUGAGAUCACUUGUUGCUCAGAUAAGAAAAUAAAUGACAAAGCCAUGUAAAUCUCAGCUGGCUCUUCAAGGUAGAGGGAGAAAAUCAGUGUUUGCUGGAAGGAAAAGGAUCAAGCUGGCAAGGAGCAAGGCGUUUAUAUGCAAACUGCUGCAAGUGCUUUGCAAACAAUGGGGGAGACCAAGCGGAAAGACAAGGCUCCUUUCCUUGCAGCACUUCAUUUGCUGGCAUUGCUGCACAAGUGGAAGAGAGAGGCAUGUGCGCGGGGAUCGGUAAGCACUAUAAGCCUGGACAGACAAGCUUGCUCCCUAUCUGUGAGCCCCACUUUAGGCAGCCACUACUCCAGCAGGCAACACCCCUUCUGCCAGGCUCCUCUGCAGCUCCUAUGUCAUGGCAGAGCCUCUGAUGUGUGCCAGUCUCUCAUCCCGGUAAGCUUUGCGGGUCAGCCAUGAGGCUGGGUAGCAGUACCCCUAUGUUCUUUAAGAGCUGCUUCAGUGGCUUUCUGUAUAUGCAAAACCACGUGAAUGAAGAUCUGGGGAAUCUCUCUGCAGGUCCUUUGGGACAUGUGUUGGUUCUGGUUCCCUGCCGUUCUCCACCUGCCUUUUCUCUGCUCCUAAUGCAUACAGGCACAUCAGAGGCUCCUUCUGAAGAGGCUGGUUUGAGCAGCUUGUGAGCUUCCCUCCAGCAUCUCUGAUCCCUCAUCCCCCUCCCUGCCAGAAGCUCCCUAUCUCACUGGCAUCUCAGCACCCAAGGAACUCUGCUUGCGGGCCAGGCUUCUUUGUAUAGAAUAAGGCGGGGUUGGGGCUUUGUUGUUGUUGUUGUGCCAGACACGUUUUUUCCAGACUCUGUUUCUUCCCUAAGAAGGCUUUCUGAAUUUCCAAGCCUGUCCCUCAUUGCCCAUACCUUUCCUGCAUUGGCCCGUGCCUUGUGGAUGCACUCAGUGUCUGCUCUGUGUAAUAUCAGUUCUCCUCUGCCCACGUGCGGCUAUUUUUCACUGGCCCCUUGGCAGAGGGGAGGUUAUGCCUGCUUUGCACUGCUGAGGUCUUAUAUCUGCUUCAGGGCAAGCAAAAAACCAAGCUGAAUGUAGCCCGCUCUCUCCAGGGCAGGCAUCCUCCAUAGCAGCCUGCCUUUGUCUAUACAUAAAACAGCAAGUAACACACUCUGCAGAAGGCCUCACAGCUUUGUGUAUGGGAUGGCUGAAAUGUAGCCUUGUUUAAACAAGGUCCUAAUGCAGCUCCACUCACCAGUGUGAACGCAUGGGUUUGAAACGCAUUAUUUCCCUUCACAGGCAGUGAGCUUGCACUGCUGAGCAGUGUCUCAGCAUUCAGAACAUGCACUCACGCUAUAACUGGUGUGCAGAUACCAGCCUGUGGAAAGGUUACGGUAUUAAAGUCCGUUGUCAGAGGUGACCUGGAUGAGUCUCUGAAUUUCAGUGGUGAGGAGCUGGAGUAAUAUUUAAUUUUUAUUGUUGCAGUCAUUCAACAUGGACAGAGGUUUUCUUUGUUGCCUAUAGUUUGUACCAUCUUGACUGGGGGGAAAAAAUCCAAUCCUAUUGCAUCUCCAGCAAGAGAAAGAUAUGAAUAAUGCACCCAUAAUAUGAGCAUGUACCGUGUGCUGUGCAGACGUGCCCUCUAAUGAAGCAUGAACGUAAUGCAUGAAUCUGGACAGUCAUAGUCAAUUGUAUUCUUGGUCUUUUACAACCAUUCAAGCAAGAUUCAAAUUCUAGUUUCAUAACGUGAUGUCCUUUUCAGUGUUGUGGCCACCUCAGUGAGUAUUAAACCUUCCAGAGUUUUACAAAUCCACUUUUCUAUUAUUUCUUUCAUUUUUUAUUUGGCGCAGAUCAGGACAACCAAUGACAUGAGGCUGGUCUGUCCGUUUUUUUGGCUCUGGUGUCCAAUACUAUUUGGGUUUUUGACAGUCACAGGAUUAUAGUUCAGGUUGUAUAGUCCCUGCUAAUUUCUGUACCUACUGGGUUAUAACCUCACCCUCACUUUUUUUGUCACUGCACCUACUUGCCAUCGUCCCUUAAAAAUGACCGUACUUCAUAUACCCACAGUUUCCUUUUUCUUUGCCACUCAUUGAUACUGAUAAAAACCACUCCUCCUUUAUGAAAGUAAAGGAUUUGAUUCCAAGUGGUCAUAAAUUCUCUGCCUGUGCAUACACAUGCUCAUACCCUGAACAUGCAUCAGACCUGUGUAUCCAGUAAUACUUCAUUUAUAUGGCAACAUUUUAAACUGGUACCAGUUGUUGCCCCAGCAGCAUUGAAUGUUUUGGUGAACUGGACUUUGAUAAAAGUAGGAUAUUAGGGGUUCUGCAUGAGUGAAUAAGUGUGUUGUGUGUGAGGAUAAGUGGGUGUUGUGAGUGUGAGAAAGUGUUUGUGUGUUUGUGAGUGUCGCUGUUACCUAGAAGCAUACAUGGGUUUUACAGCCCACUGUAUUUGAGUCCUAUCUCUGGAAGUUCAUGGUUAUAUAUCAAACCAGUUAAAACACUUCUUUCUUUCUUCUCCUCGUAUAGUACUUGUUAUACUUUGCCAUUAAGAGUUUUGUUGUAAUAUCUGAAUGUGAAAGAUUAAAUAAAGUUAUAA